CAUUGGCCUGGGCGGCGCAGCCAAGCUGUCAGCCCAUGUGGCGUGUCCGCGCGGGGACGGCCGCGGUUAAAUAGAGUCGGCGCCGGCCUAGAGGGAGCCAGAGAGACGGCAGCGGCCCGGCCUCCCCUCCGCCGCCGCGCUCCAUCCUCGCGCCCCGCCGCCCGCUCCGCCCGCCACCCGCGCCCAGACCAGGCCCCCACAUCACUCCCCCUGCACAGAGCAGCCAUGGAGGACGUUGUGAUUGCUGGCAUGUCCGGGAAGCUGCCCGAGUCCGAGAACAUGGAGGAGUUCUGGGCCAACCUCAUCGGCGGCGUGGACAUGGUGACAGACGAUGACAGGAGGUGGAAGGCAGGACUCUACGGCCUGCCCAAGCGUACCGGCAAGCUAAAGGACCUGUCCAAGUUCGAUGCCUCCUUCUUCGGGGUCCACCCAAAGCAGGCUCACACGAUGGACCCCCAGCUGCGCUUGCUACUGGAGGUCACCUACGAGGCCAUCCUGGAUGGAGGCAUCAACCCGGCUACCCUGCGAGGGACACACACAGGCGUCUGGGUGGGCGUGAGCGGCUCGGAGGCCUCAGAGGCUCUGAGCCGAGACCCCGAGACUCUCCUGGGCUACAGCAUGGUGGGCUGCCAGCGGGCUAUGAUGGCCAACCGCCUCUCCUUCUUCUUUGAUUUUAAAGGGCCCAGCAUCGCUCUGGACACGGCCUGCUCCUCCAGCCUGCUGGCCCUUCAGAACGCCUACCAGGCCAUCCGCAGGGGAGAGUGCCCCGCGGCCAUCGUGGGCGGCCUCAACAUCCUGCUCAAGCCCAACACCUCCGUGCAGUUCAUGAAGCUCGGCAUGCUGAGCCCCGACGGAACCUGCAAGGCCUUCGACGAGUCCGGGGACGGCUACUGCCGUGCGGAGGCCGUGGUGGCCGUCCUGCUGACCAAGAAGUCCCUGGCCCGGCGUGUGUACGCCACCAUCCUCAACGCCGGCACCAACACGGACGGCUGCAAGGAGCAAGGUGUGACCUUCCCCUCCGGGGAGGCCCAAGAACAGCUCAUCCGCUCGCUGUACGAGCCGGCUGGGUUGAGCCCAGAGUCCCUCGAGUAUAUCGAAGCCCACGGCACAGGGACCAAGGUGGGGGACCCCCAGGAGCUGAACGGCAUCACCCGAGCCCUGUGUCCCUCCCGCCAGGAGCCCCUGCUGAUCGGGUCCACCAAGUCGAACAUGGGGCACCCGGAGCCCGCUUCGGGGCUCGUGUCUCUGGCCAAGGUGCUGCUGUCCCUGGAGCAUGGGCUCUGGGCCCCCAACCUGCACUUCCGGAGCCCGAACACCAAGAUCCCCGCGCUCCAGGACGGACGGCUGCAGGUGGUGCAGCGGCCCCUGCCCGUCCGCGGAGGCAACGUGUGUAUCAAUUCGUUCGGCUUCGGCGGCUCCAACGUGCACGUCAUUCUCCAGCCCAAUCUGCGGCCGCCCUUGGCACCCACCCGGCACACCUCUCUGCCCCGUCUGCUGCGGGCCAGCGGACGCACCCCGGAGGCCGUGCACUGUCUGCUGGAGCAAGGCCGCCGGCACAGCCAGGACCUGGCCUUCGUGAGCAUGCUCAAUGACAUCGCGGCCAUCUCCCCCACCGCCAUGCCCUUCCGGGGCUACACCGUGCUGGGUGGCAAGGGUGGCAGCCAGGAGGUACAGCAGGUGGCCGCUGGCGAGCGUCCACUCUGGUUCAUCUGCUCGGGGAUGGGCGCACAGUGGUGCGGGAUGGGAUUGAGCCUCAUGCGCCUGGACAGCUUCCGCGACUCCAUCCUGCGCUCCGACGAGGCCGUGAAGCCCUUGGGACUGCAGGUGUCUGAGUUGCUGCUGAGCACAGACGAGGCCACCUUUGACGACAUCGUCCACGCCUUCGUGAGCCUCACCGCCAUCCAGAUCGCCCUCAUAGACCUGCUGAACUCCAUGGGUCUGCGGCCCGACGGAAUCAUCGGGCACUCCCUGGGUGAGAUGGCCUGCGGCUACGCAGAUGGCUGCCUGUCUCAGGAGGAGGCCAUCCUCGCCGCCUACUGGAGGGGCCAGUGCAUCAAGGAGGCCAACAUCCCACUGGGGACCAUGGCGGCCGUCGGCUUGUCCUGGGAGGAGUGUAAGCAGCGCUGCCCCCCUGGUGUCGUGCCCGCCUGCCACAACUCUGAGGACACAGUGACCAUCUCGGGACCGCAGGCCGAGGUGGCUGCGUUCGUGGCGGAGCUGAAGCAGGAGGGUGUGUUUGCCAAGGAGGUGCGGACGGGCGGCAUGGCCUUCCACUCCUACUUCAUGGACUCCAUCGCCCCCACGUUGCUUCAGGCCCUCAAGAAGGUGAUCCGGGAGCCGCGGCCCCGCUCGGCACGCUGGCUCAGUACCUCCAUCCCCGAGGCCCAGUGGCAGGGCAGCCUGGCCCGCACGUUCUCGGCGGAGUAUAACGUCAACAAUUUGGUGAGCCCCGUGCUGUUCCAGGAGGCGCUGUGGCACGUGCCCAGGGACGCCGUGGUGUUGGAGAUCGCCCCCCAUGCCCUGCUGCAGGCCGUCCUCAAGAGAGGCCUGAAGCCCAGCUGUACCAUCGUCCCUCUGAUGAAGAAGGACCAAAGAGACAAUCUGGAGUUCUUCCUCAGCAACGUGGGCAAGUUGCACCUGCUGGGCUUCGAUGUCAACCCCAAUGGCCUGCUUCCACCCGUGGAGUUCCCGGUGCCCCGGGGCACCCCUCUCAUCUCCCCUCACAUCAAGUGGGACCACAGUCAGACCUGGGACGUCCCCACCGCCAAGGACUUCCCCAGCGGCUCCAGUGGCUCCUCUGCCUCCACCGUCUGCAACAUCAGCAUCAGCCCUGAAUCCCCUGACCACUACCUGGUGGACCACUGCAUCGACGGCCGCGUCCUCUUCCCCGCCACCGGCUACCUGUGCCUGGUCUGGAAGAGUCUGGCACGGACCUUGAGUCAAAACAUGGAACAAGUACCCGUGGUGUUUGAGGACGUGACGCUGCACCAGGCUACCGUCCUCCCCAAGACCGGGACCGUGCCCCUGGAAGUGCGGCUCCUACAGGCUUCCCGUACCUUCGAGGUGUCUGAGAACGGCAACCUGAUAGUGAGCGGGAAGGUUUACCAGUGGGAGGACCCCGACACCAAGCUGUUCGACAGCCGGGACGGCCUGGACACCACGGACCCCACAGCUACGUUCCACCUGAGCCAGAGGGACGUGUACAAAGAGUUGAGGCUGCGUGGCUACGACUAUGGCCCUCACUUUCAAGGCAUCCUCGAGGCCAACCUCGAAGGCAACGCGGGCCGGCUGCUGUGGAAGAACAACUGGGUGACGUUCCUGGACGCCAUGCUGCAGACAUCCAUCCUGGGCCUGGCCCAGUGCGGCCUGCGUCUGCCCACCCGCAUCACCUCUGUCCGCAUCGACCCCGCCACCCACCAGCGCAGGGUGUACUCGCAGGGCGAGGCCCAAGCGGUCAACGUGCUGGUGAACAGUUGUCUGAACAGCACGGUGGCCGGCGGCGUCCUCAUCUCGGGCCUCCACGCCUCGAUGGCCCCACGGCGGCAGCAGGAGCAGUUUGCGCCCAUCCUGGAGAAGUUCUGCUUCACGCCGCACACGGAGGAGGGGCUCCUGGCUGGAGACGCGGCCCUGCAGGAGGGGCUGCAGCUGUGCAGGGGGCUGGCACAGGCGCUGCAGACCAAGGUGGCCCAGCAGGGGCUGAAGAUGGUGGUGUCUGGGCUGGACGGGGCCCAGGCCCCCCAGGAGCCUCCAAAGCAAGGCCUGCCCCGGCUGCUGGCGGCCGCCUGCCAGCUGCAGCUCAACGGGGGCCUCCAGCUGGAGCUGGGCCAGCUGCUGGCCCAACAGAGGCCCCUGCUGCAGGACGACCCCCUGCUCAGCGGCCUCCUCGCUUCCCCGGCGCUCAAGGCCUGCGUGGACACCGCCGUGGAGAACAUGCCCAGCCUCAAGAUGAAGGUCGUGGAGGUGCUGGCUGGCGAUGGCCACCUGUAUUCUCACAUCCCAGCGCUGCUCAACACCCAGCCCAUGCUGCAGCUGGAGUACACGGCCACUGACCGCCACCCUCAGGCCCUGGAGGCCGUGCAGGCCAAGCUGCAGCAGCACGGCAUAGCCCAGGGCCAGUGGGACCCUGCGGGCCCCGCCCCUGGCAGCCUGGGCUCGGCUGAUCUCCUCCUGUGUAACUGUGCCGUGGCCAGCCUCGGUGACCCGGCCACGGCCGUUGGCAACAUGGGGGCCGCUCUCAAGGAGGGCGGCUUCCUGCUGCUGCACGCUCUGCUCAAAGGACACCCCCUUGGAGAGACGGUCGCCUUCCUCACCUGCCCGGAGCCGCGGCGAGGCCAGCAGAGCCUUCUAAGCCAGGACGAGUGGGAGAGUCUGUUUGCCGCGGCGUCCCUGCACCUGGUGGCCCUGAAGAAGUCCUUCUAUGGCUCUGUGCUCUUCCUGUGCCGUCGGCCGGUCCCACAGGACAGCCCUGUCUUCCUGCCUGUGGAGGACCCCAGUUUCCAGUGGGUGAACUCCCUGAAGGACAUUUUGGCCGACUCCUCCCAUCAGCCCGUGUGGCUAACAGCCAACAGCUGCCCCGACUCAGGCGUCGUGGGCUUGGUGAACUGUCUCCGCAGAGAGCCUGGCGGGCACCGGAUUCGGUGCAUCCUGGUGUCCAACCUCAGCAGCACGUCCCGCACCCCGAGUUUGGACCCCGGCUCCUCGGAGCUGCAGAAGGUGCUACGGGGGGACCUCGUGAUGAAUGUCUACCGAGACGGGGCCUGGGGGGCCUUCCGCCAUUUCCCCCUGGAGCGCGGCCUGCCAGAGGAGCAGACCGAGCACGCCUUCGUGAACGUCCUCACGCGGGGGGACCUCUCCUCCAUCCGCUGGGUCUGCUCCCCUCUGCGUCACACCCAGCUCACCGGCCCCGGCGCCCAGCUCUGUGCCGUCCACUAUGCCUCCCUCAACUUCAGAGAUAUCAUGCUGGCCACGGGCAAGCUGUCCCCUGACGCCAUCCCAGGGAAGUGGGCCCUCCACAGCUGUUUGCUGGGCAUGGAGUUCUCUGGCCGAGAUGCCAGCGGCAAGCGCGUCAUGGGGCUGGUGCCCGCCGAAGGCCUGGCUACCUCCGUCCUGCUCUCUCAGGACUUCCUGUGGGAGGUGCCCUCCAGCUGGACCCUUGAGGAGGCGGCUUCGGUGCCUGUGGUCUACACAACUGCCUACUACUCGCUGGUGGUGCGGGGGCGCGUGCACCCUGGGGAGACGGUGCUCAUCCACUCAGGCUCGGGCGGCGUGGGCCAGGCCGCCAUCGCCAUCGCCCUCAGCCUGGGCUGCCGCGUCUUCACUACCGUGGGGUCGGCCGAGAAGCGGGCGUACCUCCAGGCUAGGUUCCCCCAGCUCGACGACACCAGCUUCGCCAACUCCCGGGACACGUCCUUUGAACAGCACGUGCUGCGGCACACGGCAGGGAAGGGUGUGGACCUGGUGCUGAAUUCUCUGGCGGAAGAAAAGCUACAGGCCAGCGUGCGGUGCCUGGCCCAGCACGGCCGGUUCCUGGAAAUUGGCAAAUUCGACCUUUCGAACAACCACCUGCUGGGCAUGGCCGUCUUCCUGAAGAACGUGACCUUCCACGGGGUUCUGCUGGACUCGCUCAUGGAUGAAGGUGGGAACAGCUGGCAGGAGGUGGCUGCGCUGCUGAAGGCGGGCAUCCGGGACGGUGUGGUGCAGCCCCUCAAGUGCACCGUGUUCCCCAAGGACCGGGUGGAGGACGCCUUCCGCUACAUGGCCCAAGGGAAACACAUCGGCAAAGUGGUCAUCCAGGUGAGGAGGGGGCCCGGCUGCCCCGGCUCCCCCCGCUCCCUCCGCUCCAGCCCCAGGGGCAGCGCUCGAGCACGGCCGCUGCUCCGAAUGCAGGUGCGCAGGGAGGAGCCGGAGGCGGUGCUGCGGGAGACGGGUCCCACCCUGAUGGCCGCCGUGUCCAGGACCUACUGCCCGGCCCAUAAGAGCUAUGUCAUCACCGGGGGCCUGGGCGGCUUCGGCCUGGAGCUGGCCCAGUGGCUUGUGCUGCGAGGGGCCCGGAAACUCGUGCUGACCUCUCGUUCUGGGAUCCGCACAGGCUACCAGGCCAAGCAGGUCCGUGAGUGGAGGCGCCAGGGCAUACAGGUCCUGGUGUCCACCAGCAACGCCAGCUCGCUGGAUGGGGCCCAGAGCCUCAUUGAUGAGGCCACGCAGCUGGGGCCCGUGGGAGGCGUCUUUAACCUGGCCGUGGUCCUGAGAGACGCCAUGCUGGAGAACCAAACCCCUGAGCUCUUUCAGGACGUCAACAGGCCCAAGUACAGCGGCACCGUGAACCUGGACAGGGUGACCCGAGCUGCGUGCCCCGAGCUGGACUACUUUGUGGCCUUCUCCUCCGUGAGCUGCGGGCGCGGCAACGCCGGCCAGACCAACUAUGGCUUCGCCAACUCCACCAUGGAGCGCGUGUGUGAGAAGCGCCAGCACGACGGCCUCCCGGGCCUCGCCAUUCAGUGGGGCGCCAUCGGUGACGUGGGCAUUGUCCUGGAGUCCAUGGGCUCCAACGAUACGGUCAUCGGCGGGACGCUGCCGCAGCGGAUUGCCUCCUGCUUGGAGGUGCUGGACCUCUUCCUGAACCAGCCCCACCCCGUCCUGAGCAGCUUUGUGCUGGCCGAGAAGAAGGCCACUGCCCACGAUGACAGCAGUGGCUCGCAGGACCCGAUGGAGGCCGUGGCCCACAUCCUGGGCAUCCGAGACUUGGCCACCGUCAACCUGGACAGCUCACUGGCAGACCUGGGCCUGGACUCGCUCAUGGGCGUGGAGGUGCGCCAGAUGUUGGAGCGCGAGCAUGACCUGGUGAUGUCCAUGCGGGACAUCCGGCAGCUCACGCUCCGGAAGUUGCAGGAGCUUUCCUCGAAGGCUGGCACAGCUAAUGAGCUGGCAGCCCCCACACCCAAGGAGGACACCCCUGCCGGCCAGCAGGCCCAGCUGAACCUCAGCACCCUGCUGGUGAACCCCGAGGGCCCGACCUUGACACGGCUCAACUCGGUGCAGAGCUCUGAGCGCCCCUUGUUCCUGGUGCACCCCAUCGAGGGCUCCAUCGCUGUGUUCCGCAGCCUGGCGUCCAAGCUCAGCAUCCCCACCUACGGCCUACAGUGCACUCGAGCUGCGCCCCUGGACAGCAUCCAGAGUCUGGCCGCCUACUACAUCGAGUGCAUCAGGCAGGUGCAGCCGGAGGGGCCCUACCGCAUCGCCGGCUAUUCCUACGGGGCCUGCGUGGCCUUCGAGAUGUGCUCGCAGCUGCAGGCCGCGCAGCAGGGCCCCACCCCCGCGCACAACAGCCUCUUCUUGUUCGACGGUUCGCACGCCUAUGUGCUGGCCUACACACAGAGCUACCGCGCGAAGCUGACCCCUGGCUGUGAGGCCGAGGCCGAGGCCGAGGCCAUGUGCUUCUUCGUGCAGCAGUUCACCGACAUGGAACACAACAGGGUGCUGGAGGCGCUGCUGCCCCUCAAGGGCCUGGAGGAGCGCGUGGCGGCCACCGUAGACCUGAUCACGCGCAGCCACGCGGGCCUGGACCCCCGCGAGCUGAGCUUCGCGGCACGCUCCUUCUACCACAAGCUGCGCGCAGCCGAGCAGUACAUCCCCCGGGCCACCUACCACGGCAACGUGACGCUGCUGCGCGCCAAGACGGGCAGCGUGUACGGCGAGGGCCUGGGCGCCGACUACAACCUGUCCCAGGUGUGCGACGGCAAGGUGUCCGUGCACGUGAUCGAGGGGGACCACCGCACGCUGCUGGAGGGCAGCGGCCUGGAGACUAUCCUCAGCAUCAUCCACAGCUCCCUGGCCGAGCCGCGCGUCAGCGUCCGGGAGGGCUAAGCGCCCCGGGGCCCAGGGAGGGUCCUGCGGGUGGGACCACCCGGCCCAGACCCCUGCCCACGGCGCGCGACCGACCACGGGCCUGGGGCGGUGGGCGGAUGGGGGCUGCGCCGCCGACUCGGAGACCUGCCUCGGUCUGUGAAGAGUCGGCCUGGCCGCCGGCCGAGCAGAGCCUUGUGCACCGCCUGGGGCCUGCCACACAGGCCUGUUCCUCGGUUCUCCAUUUGAUUCUCCUAUUUAUUGCGUCGCCCGGGAAACGCCAGGGCCUCGUCCACCCUGCGCAGGCCGGCGGCGCGGGAGCCCCAGCCCCGGGGCCCCCAUGAUGCAGGGGCCUGCGGAAGGGGGCAGCCCCCGGGGACACCCGCCCUGUGUUCGUCUGUGUUCGUUUUUCAAAAACAUGAUUCAAAUUGCUGCUGGAA